GCAGAGGGUGCACCCCGGGGGGCCGUAGGCGGGGCUCCGAGCCCAGGCCACAAGAUGCAGAGGCUCCGGCUGAACGAGGCUCACGCCGUGUACCUGGGGCAGCUCGCCCGCAAGGACGGCACCCGCCGGGGGAUCCUCAGCAAGAGGAGCUCGGAUAACAGCCGAUGGCAGAGCCGGAGCUUCUCCCUCCUGCACAACCUGCUCUUCUGCUUCGAGAGCGAGUCCAGCGGCCGCCCGUGUGGGCUCUACCUGCUGGAGGGCUGCAGCUGUGAGCGGGGGGCCAAGGGACUACCAGACAAACAGUAUUAUUUUAUCAUCAAUUUUAAUCAUGAGAAUCAGAAGCCGCUGGAGCUCCGGACGGAGGAUUCAAAGGAUUGCGAUGAGUGGGUGACAGCAAUAUCACGUGCCAGCUACAAGACUCUGGUGACCGAGCAUGAAGCAUUGAUGCAAAAGUAUCUACAUUUACUGCAAAUAGUAGAGACUGAGAAGAAGGUGGCAAAGCAGCUGAGACAGCAGAUUGAAGAUGGAGAGGUAGAGGUGGAACGCCUGAAAUCUGAGAUUGCAUCAUUAUUGAAAGACAAUGAGAGGAUCCAAUCAACACCAAGCUCAGCUUCAACAGAUGAUACAGACCUUAAGAAGAUAAAGAAGGUGCAAAGUUUCUUGCGUGGCUGGUUGUGUCGAAGGAAGUGGAAAAGCAUAAUCCAGGAUUAUUCAAGGUCUCCCCAUGCAGACAGCAUGCGCAAGAGGAACCAGGUUGUGUUUAGUAUGCUAGAAGCUGAGGCGGAGUACGUUCAGCAGCUGCACAUACUGGUUAACAAUUUCCUGCGACCACUGCGCAUGGCAGCUAGUUCUAAGAAACCACCAAUCACACACGACGACGUCAGCAGCAUUUUCCUUAACAGUGAAACCAUCAUGUUUUUGCACCAGAUCUUUUACCAAGGGCUGAAAGCACGAAUCUCCAGCUGGCCCACCCUGGUGUUGUCUGACCUCUUCGACAUCCUUCUGCCAAUGCUGAACAUCUAUCAGGAGUUUGUAAGGAACCAUCAGUACAGUCUUCAGAUCCUGGCUCAUUGUAAACAGAACCGAGACUUUGACAAACUACUAAAGCAUUAUGAAGCCAAGCCAGAUUGUGAGGAGCGCACUCUGGAGACCUUCCUCACCUAUCCAAUGUUUCAGAUCCCAAGAUACAUCCUCACUCUGCACGAACUGCUUGCUCAUACACCUCACGAGCAUGUGGAAAGAAAUAGUCUGGAAUAUGCCAAAUCCAAACUGGAGGAGCUGUCAAGAAUAAUGCAUGAUGAAGUCAGCGAAACAGAAAAUAUUCGUAAAAAUCUGGCCAUUGAGAGGAUGAUUGUCGAAGGCUGUGAGAUUUUAUUAGAUACAAGUCAGACCUUUGUGCGGCAAGGAUGUUUAAUACAGGUCCCUAUGUCUGAGAAGAGCAGGGUGACGAGGGGACGUCUUGGAUCUCUAUCUUUAAAGAAGGAAGGAGAGCGCCAGUGUUUCCUAUUCUCCAAACACCUUCUGAUCUGUACACGCAGUUCUGGAGGAAAAUUGCAUCUCACCAAGAAUGGAGUAAUAUCGCUCAUUGAUUGCACAUUAUUGGAGGAUCAAGAUGAUGAUGACACUAGACCCCCGACACAGGAUGGUGAUCACCUAGACUUUAAGAUCUCUGUGGAACCUAAAGACUCUCCGCCUUUUGUUGUCAUACUCCUGGCCUCAUCCAGGCAGGAAAAGGCAGCCUGGACAAGCGACAUCAGCCAGUGUGUGGAUAACAUUCGGUGCAAUGGGCUUAUGAUGAACGCGUUUGAGGAGAACUCCAAAGUUUCCGUACCACAGAUGAUCAAGUCUGACAGCACUCUGUACUGCGACGAUGUAGAUAUUCGCUUCAGUAAGACGCUGAAUUCAUGCAAGGUUCUCCAGAUCCGUUAUGCAAGUGUCGAGAGAUUAUUGGAACGUCUCACAGAUCUGCGUUUUCUGAGCAUCGACUUCUUGAACACGUUCUUGCACUCGUACAGGGUUUUCACCUGUGCAGAUGUCGUUCUUGAUAAGCUUAUAGCUAUUUACAGAAAACCAGUCAGUGCCAUCCCAGCCAGGUCUUUGGAGCUUCUUUUUGCCAGCAAUCAGAGCAAUAAGCUUCUGUAUGGUGAGCCCCCAAAAUCUCCUAGAGCAACCCGCAAAUUCUCAUCUCCACCACCCCUGUCCAUCACCAAGUCCUCUUCACCAAGCCGCAGGCGCAAAUUAUCUCUCAACAUUCCUAUUAUCACUGGUGGAAAAGCUCUAGAUCUUGCAGCUCUUGGAAGCUCACCUAAUGGAUAUUCUAAUUCCAGUCCUGCACCUCCACCUUAUAGCAAGACCACCCUAGACAUUAAUAAGCUCUACGUGUCUGGGAGUUUCCCCAGCAAGGUGGGAGAAGGAGAGGAACCACCAGCUGAAAGAGAUGAGGAGCCUGUGCUACAAAAACAGACCUCUGAAGUUUCUGGCCGCGUAGAAUCAGAUACUGAACAAAACAGUGAUGAGGCUGAAACAGAUACUUCGCCCACCCGAUCUCCAACCACCCCAAUAUCUCAGCGAAGCCGGAACUCUGCAGACUUCACACUCUUUUCAUACAACAAUGGAAUUGUGAUGACUUCCUGUCGAGAACAUGACAACAGCCGCAGCAACCUAUCAGCAGCUUCUGCCUUCGCUAUUGCAACUGCUGGUGCAAAUGAAGGUACUCCCACCAAGGAGACAUACAGGAGGAUGUCUUUGGCCACAGCAGGCUUCCCUUCAGAUCAAAGGAAUGGAGACAAAGAAUUUGUAAUCAGGAGAGCAGCGACAAACCGUGUGCUGAAUGUACUGAGACACUGGGUGUCUAAACAUGCACAGGAUUUUGAGACAAACCUACAGCUGAAGACCAAAGUGAUCUGUUUUCUUGAGGAGGUAAUACACAACCCUGAGCUACUGGCCCAAGAAAGGAAGGCAGCAGCCAAUAUUAUUCGCACUUUGACUCAAGAGGAUCCUGGAGACAGCCUGGUUACCUUGGAAGAAAUUGAGCGUAUGACACAGUCAACAGUGACUCCAGUCGAACCUUUUGAGUCUCUAUCUGCUCUUGAGAUUGCUGAGCAACUCACAUUAUUGGAUCACCUGAUCUUCAGAAAGAUACCAUAUGAGGAAUUUUUUGGUCAGGGUUGGAUGAAAGCUGACAAGUGUGAGCGGACCCCUUAUAUCAUGAACACCAGCAAACACUUCAAUCACAUGAGUAACCUGAUUGCCACUGAAAUUCUGCGGAACGAGGAGCCAAUGACACGUAGUAGUAUCAUUGAAAAGUGGGUGGCGGUGGCUGAUAUCUGUCGAUGUCUUCACAAUUACAAUGCAGUUCUAGAGAUUACAUCCUCAUUAAACCGCAGUGCUAUCUUUCGGCUUAAGCGUACCUGGAUGAAGGUGUCCAAGCAGACUAAAACGUUAAUUGACCGGCUUCAGAAAUUGGUAUCUUCAGAAGGCCGAUUUAAGAACCUGAGAGAGGCCCUUAAGAACUGUGACCCUCCAUGUGUCCCCUAUUUGGGAAUGUACCUGACAGAUCUGGCAUUCAUCGAGGAAGGGACACCAAAUUACACAGAGGAUGAUCUGGUUAAUUUCUCCAAGAUGAGGAUGAUAUCACACAUUAUUCGUGAGAUUCGUCAGUUUCAGCAGACUUCUUAUAAGAUCGAGCACCAGCCUAAGGUUACACAGUAUCUCCUGGACUCCUCAUCAGUUCUGGAUGAAGAGGGCCUUUAUGAAGCUUCCCUCCGUUUGGAACCAAAACUCCCUACCUGAAUUUUUGGUGCAAAUCCCCUGCCUGUAUCAUAUUGUACAGACCCCCCACGCCUCUCGCCAGACCCCACUAUGCAGGGGUCACCAAACAGAGGCAGAGAUGUCUGUGUCUCCAUCCAUCCCAAAAUCCUAACUGCUCCUGAAGGAGAUCCCACACUACCCCUCAGCCCCAGUUUGCCCCAAAGACACUCCCAGGAAGAGGAACAGGGUGGAGACUGAGAUAAUUCUCAACCGGAGCACUAUCCACUGUCCUUCCGCCUCCCUGUGUGUGGGGCAGGAUUGAACUGCUACUGCUGUCUCCUAUUGACUGCAAAUGCAAGGAGAUCAGAGCAGUGUGUCCAUUUGCAGCAGCUCAUCACCAAACCAGCGACCACCUUGUGCGAACAUCCUUCAUCAUCAGCUAUGCUUGAAUGGAGUGGUUCAUGGAGCAGGUCUCUUAAAAUUAGGUUUUAACAAAGAAGUAAUUAAUGUAUAGUAACUGUCAGUUUGAUUCAGAGAGCACAAGUGAGGUUACCCUAUUCUUCCUCAGGAGUGGAAGAUACAAAAUAUCAAUUAAAGAGAUCUUAUUGCUACACACUAACAGCACACCUCCCAUGAAGUGAUCAGUCUGGGUAGAACUCUGCUUGGCAUAGCAUGUGUCCCCCUCAGAUAGUGCUAGCUCUGCAGAUUCUGGAUCCUGCUCCAGCUGCGUCAUGUAGAUCCAGAACAAAUAGUAGUUUGGAAUCUUUGCUGUCAGAAGAAAAGAAAAAAUGCACAAAUGAUUCAGUGAAGAGAUCACACACCCUUUAUCUGAUUCAUGGGCUAGGUCCAGUAGCUGCUCUACAGAAUAAAAGUUACUGUCUUGGAUGUGUGGGGAAGGCACCCACAUAUGGUUUGAUUAUGGAAGUAAAGCUGGUUUAAGGAGGAAGACCAGAUGGGUUUAAUGGGACAUAUUAUCAGUCCGUUUACAGCAGUGCUAUGAUUCAUGUUGCUUGUCUGACAUUGAAUUAUACACACUGGCUAAGGCUCAUGAAGCUUGUUCUUGAGCAACAUCUAGAGAGCUGCCUAUCGUAGAACUAAAAGGAUAUAGCAUACCGAUGCAAGUUUUAUAGAGCGAUUCUGUAGCUCACAUACGGGUUGGUUUCAACAUGAUUAUUGGUGAGAUGAAUUUAGUAAAGCAGGUAGGACAAUGGUUUCUAAGUACAAUUUGUUGGUUCUGUUGCCAGGAUUGGUGGCUGGUUUAGACGAAAAUUUGCAGCUACAUUUUGUUUUCUUUAUUUUUUGUAUAAUUAAGUGUUUCCUAAUUACCUCUCACUAAUAAAUCUUUUAUCUCAGGGUUACCACCAA